CUGACAUAUCUGUCACUUAAAUUGCAACUUAAAAUAUGCUGCUAGCUUACUUUUUGCUGCUGAAAAUUGCUUUGGUUCUUCCUAAAAAUAUUACCACGAUUAAGAUCAACCAUUAUCACGAGCCCACCUAUAGCCAUUUGAGUUCGUAUCUGGUAUCCUUGCGGACACGCAAAUAUAUUCACACUCCUGGAGAUAAUCACUUCUGCACCGGAGUUAUCCUAACCAACCGCCAUGUGCUUACUUCAGCACACUGCAUUACAGAUAAAAACGGUGUGAUGAUGAGCCCUAAACGAAUUGUGGUGGCACUUUGCGCAUCUCUUUUUAAAACCCCAGAGUCAGAGGAAUUUGUUGUUGACAUUCAUAAUAUGAUUAUCCACCCGUACUACCAUAGAAACCAACACAAUGAUAUAGCCAUUAUAAAGCUGAAAAGAUAUGUGAAGUUGGACGGCCAUCAUUUGGCUCCAGUUGUUCUUGGCAAUUCCUCGCUGGAGGUGGGAAACGAUUGCAAGACCAUUGGUGGAAUCUUCGGGGUACGAGUAGAGGCAAAGAUUUGGGUCAUUUCAUAGCAUGUUGCUUGUGAAUGUCGAACUGCGGCCAUUCGACGAAUGUCUGAAGGUGAAGAAGAGUCUAAUGGCUGCUAGACCCGAAAACGAGGACCUCAUAUGUGUAAAGUCCACGGAGAAACAGAUGUGUACCACAGAUUUCGGUGGUCCACUUUUUUGCGAUGGUCAGCUGUAUGGAAUAGCUCUGGGCUCCAUCAAUUGCUCCAGUCCAGAUCCAGUUUUCUUUAGUGAUGUAUCGUUCUACAACAGCUGGGUGACCAAAAUUAUAUCGGAGGCAGUGGACCAUACCAGACCAUUUAUCGCAGACAGAUUUUCCUUAUUUUCCUUCAUCAUUUUAAUGCUCAGCAUUGUCUGAAAUUAGGACAACGAAUCAUAACUCUCUCUUGUGAAAGGAAAAAUUGACCGGCCCCUGCGAUCCAUGGAAAAUUGGGGAAAGCCCUAGAAAACUUUCGCCUGUACUCGUAUUGCACCUGUGUGCCACGUGUGGCACAUUCACUUUACCCCCAGAAAAACCGCACUGACUUUCCUUCUAUUGUACACCAACAGCCAUAUUUUCGAUUAUUGUUCAACGCUUUUACACUUUUGCAUUAAUCAAGAAGAAAAGGAAACUGCCGAAAAACUAAAUAAAUUUGUACAUAAAACAUG